AUGGCCACCCCACCUCCAGCAUUGCCAAUGAAAAUAACCCCGCUCCCACGUUCUUCCUACCCUUCUCCAAUAACCUACCCACCAUCAGCAUUCACACGCCAAGAUGAAACCAACGACUCAGAGUGGUACUCCCAGCAAAGGUUCGUCCACCACAUCGACGCAAAAGCCAUUACGACGCUAGAAACCUACUACUCAACCAUCAUCAACCCCACCCACCACGUUCUAGACAUCUGCUCGAGUUGGGUCUCUCAUCUCUCCGCCUCACUCAAACCUCAAUUCAUGAUUGGAAUUGGAAUGAAUUCCCUCGAGCCCGCUCGGAAUACACAUCUCACCAAAUACAGCGUCCAAGAUCUGAAUCUGAACCCAACGCUUGAGGUGGAGGAUGAGAGUAUCGAUGUCGUGAUUUGCAAUUUGAGUGUGGAUUAUUUGGUUCAGCCGAUUAAGAUUUUCGAGGAGAUGAUGAGGGUGUUGAAGGUAGGUGGUACGGCGCAUAUGGCGUUCAGUAAUCGAUAUUUUCCUACUAAGGUUAUUGGGGCUUGGAUGGGUAUGAGUGAUGCGGAGAAGAGAAUGUGGGUGGGUGGGUAUUUUUGGGCUAGUGGAGGUUGGGAAGGGGUUGAGGAGGUGGUUUUGAAUGAGGGUCAUAAGUUCUUGGGGGUUGGUGAUGAGGAUCCACCUUUUGUGGUUAGAGGGAAGAAAGCCGUCACUCACGCGUAA